AUGUCCUCACCAACGGCAACUCGAGAUCGAGUUGAAUCCGAGUCCGACUCGUCCGAGCGUGUUGCAGAUACUGAUACACCUAACUCCCUCGACUUCUUCCAGCUUCUAUCCGCCAUAGUCGAGGAAUUCGAGCGACGCAGACGCCAGUGGCAGCCUCGAUGGACCGCUUGUAAGCUCAAGAAAGCGUUUCUCCUCCGUCAUCAUCCUAUAUGGGUGACCUAUCCCCCGAACCAGCUUCCCCGACACAUACAGCCUCUUACACAGCUCCGAAAAAUUGCACAGGGCGGAUUCGGCGCAGUCUAUGCGCAUCCGGAUCAGAACACCAUCCUUAAACGCGAGCUCAACCCCAGCAUCGACUCUGACGCCGUACAACGCGAGCAUCACAUGCAUCACGGCGUCUUCGAGGCGAUGAUGAAAUGGAACAACAUAUCCUCGUUCUUCGUCAACGUCCAAGUGCCGCGCGACGGUGCUUUCAUCUCUGCCCCAUCCAGCGACUGGGAUGACGGUCUCCAGCUCCUCUUCCCAGACAAAAAGAUGCAAUGCCGAGCUGACAUGAUCCAAGCCGAACGUAUUCCUGCAGUACCCGCAGGCGUCCUUGAGGACAUUAUACGUAUAUACUGCCACGACCCCGAGACCUGGCCAAGUAUAGCGGCCUCCACGGAAGCAAAAGACUGCCUUGUACGGAUCUACCUGGGCGGCGAGUCCAUUCAUUCGCGAGCUUUCAACAUCGGGAACUUUUCCCUGCACAUAGACCAGUUGGAAGCCCUGGAUGUCAACACGCUCAAAAUCGCCGGCCACUUCGGUCGUGCUCUGGCGGUAAUACACUCUCAAGCCGAUCUCGACGGCCGCGGCAUCGAAUUCGUGCUCGGCGGAGCACGGGAUGAGCCUGACGGCUCGCAAAUCUGGGUGUUGGACUUUGAUCAAUGCCGACCUCUCCAUGCACCCCGCGGGGCUGGCGACGCGAGUCGACAGCCCAUGGUCGACAGCACCGGAAGUGUGCGAGCGCCUUCGGCGUCCGAAAUCCAGCGUACGGACUCGUGCAUCGACGCCUUCUUCGAGAACGAUCCGUACUUCCCCCGCCCGGGCUCCAAGCGCCCGGCUCUCUGGAACACCUUCGCGCGCAACUACGACUACAUGACACGAGAGAUCGCCAUUCGAAGCUGGGCCAGCGCCGAAAACCGGGUAUGCUACAAUUUCGUGAGGUACAAGCCAAGCACGGCCGCAGAGUUUGAGUUGUUGACCAUGCUUCCCAAACCCGAAGACGACCAGAUUCGGACUUACCGACCCGUCACUCGCGCAGCCAGUCUCUUUCUUUUGGGCGUUGAAGAGCGUUACUGGAACGGUACCAAGAGCUGCAAAAAGGCCGUAGAGUCCAGGUUGGGUCCGGAGUGCCUCGUACACGAUACCUAG